CAGACCGGUAAAGCAGCCAAAUCACAGAGCGGGCCAGCUUCUUAAAAAUACUUGAGACUUAAAAUUUAUCUUCAAAAUAUUUCAAAAUUGAACUGAAGGAAACUAUCUGAAACAUAGGGAAUAAGCAGACAUCAGACAAAGCGUACAGCUAUUUAUAUAGUCUGGAAGGUCAUUGCAAGGCGUCUCACAGCAGCUGGUAAAAAGAGCCUAAUUCAAACCAAAAGAUACCUACAAAACUUUCAACAAGUACAUAUGUUAGCUGGGUACUGGUGAAUAUAAGCACAAUUGUUAUAGCCAACCAAUGUAUUUAUUUCUCGGAUCCAUCAGCUAGUUUCAAAUAUAUCCCUCAAAAAUGGUGAUGCAACUUCAGGCGGUUUACGUCUUAUUCAUUUUUUCUUUAGUCUCAGGACAACAGUCUUUUAACCAGCAGCCACAAGAUACAACUGUGAUAGAGGGCGCCACAGCCACUCUCAUCUGCCUCAUCAAUAACUUGCAAGGUGAUAUUUAUUGGUUGAAAGGAGCUGUGAUCCUGGGCUCUACAACUGAUAGGCAGCUGCCUACUUACCCAAGAUAUCAAAUCACAGAUGAAAUAUCUGGUGGCAAUCUUCGUAUAGAAAACGCUCAAAUUGAAGACGAUGACGAUUAUACAUGUCAAGUGUCAGCAGCUGCCAAUAACCCUCAGUUAGUCUCUAACAGCGCACAUCUCACGGUUCAAGUGGCUCCUGAUGAUCCUGUCAUUUCCUCAUAUACAAACGGCAGUAAAGUUACAGUUCUACCACCGAACACCAUUGCUCUGACAUGUGUUGCGAAUAACGCUCAGCCCGAAGCAAAUAUCACUUGGUAUGAGGAUAAUGACCCCGCUGUCGCUGUACCGGUUGUUGUUAUUACUGAUGCUGGCAACAAGAAGAAGAAUGUUGCGAGUACAAUUACAUUACAACCCACCAAAGCACAAAAUGGAGUAGAGAUGAAGUGUAGAGUAGAACACCCAGCUUUGGAAGGAUAUUCACCAUUCACAACUGUUACACUGGAUGUACAAUAUGCGCCCAAUGAACCACAGAUUUCUGGCUAUGAGCCCGGGACUUCCUUGAGGAAAGGAGAACAAAAGUCCUUCACAUGUUUCUCAGUAGGUGGAAAUCCGCAACCUGAUGUGUUUUGGUAUAAGAAUGGAGAGCUAUUUGACUCAUCGUACACGACUGGGGGUAACAUGGCCCAGAAUGAGUUGGUGUACACUGUAGGAUACGGGGACCACAAUCUUCAGCUGGAGUGUAGGGUCAUUAGUAUAGUGCUGGCGACGCCGUAUUCAACUACUAUUACUUUAACCGUUCAUUAUGCUGCAGCCUAUGUAAAUGUUACUGGAAAUGAGAACUUAGUGAGGACAGGUGAUUCAGUCUUGCUCACCUGCACAUCAGAUCCACCUGAUCCACCGUUCAUAUCUGGUUAUCGAGGGGCAAAGGUCAAAGCUGGUUCCAUCAUGUCUCUGACAUGUGUGUCAGUUGGAGGCAAUCCCCUAGCUGACCUCAAGUGGUACAAAGGAACGGAGGAGUUGGUGGGGUCUCAUGAAACGAGCAAUCGUCUUGUCAACAGCAAGCUGACAUGGAUUCUCUCCCAGGAGGAUAACCAGGCAGUUUACAGUUGCAACGCUAGUAACAGCGCCACUCCAGUUCCUCUACAUUCAUCAACAACACUCAAUGUUUUGUUUCCACCGUCAUCUGUUAAUGUGACCGUAACUGCUGGGACGAUUCAAGAAGGCCAAAAUGUUAACAUUAUAUGCAGGACAGCCAGCAGUAAUCCAAUAUCAGUCAUAACAUGGUAUAAAGAUGGAACUGAAAUCCAAGGUGAAGACGUUGCCAACAAAUCAGGUGCUAAUGGCGGAUACAUAACACGUAAUCGAUUGCGUCUCCAAAAGGUCGGUCCAGAUGAUAAUGGGAAGAUAUUUAAAUGCAGUGCCCUCAACGAGCUGUUGACUGAGAGUGUGAACGAUGCCGUCACUCUAAAUGUUAGAUAUGCCCCUAAAAUGACCGUGGAAAAUGGGACCGUUAUCCGUAAAACGGAGCUGUCUGGUCAAGUGAGACUCGAGUGUGCUGCCCAUGGGAAUCCAAGUGAAGUAACAUUUAAGUGGUCGAAAAAUAACGUAAAUAUAUAUCUUCCAAAUUCCCGAUAUUAUAUGGAAGACUCUGGUACUUUUGUAAUACGCAACGCUACUAGAACAGAUGCUGGUGUUUACAAAUGCCUAGCAACCAAUGAAGUAGGCAGCGGUUACAUAACAGCCACUCUCAAAAUAGACUAUCCACCAAGGAUUACUACAGGGGAACAUAUAAUUGUCAACCUGGGUACGCCUGGACAAUUGAGAUGUGAGGCCACUGCUAACCCUAAGCCAUCUGGCUUCAUCAAAUGGAGUAGGGAAGGCUACGACAUCAGCAGAUAUCAACAGGAGUUCAUUAACGAUGGCAGUGUUUUGAAAAUUCCAAGUGUUUCUAAAGGGGAUGGUGGACUUUACAAGUGUCAAGCAGAUAAUGGCAUUGGUGCAGCCACAUCAAAAGAUGUCCUUGUUAUUGUACAAUAUAAACCUGAAAUUGACACUACAGGUAAUGGUAAGGUCGCGACCAGUACCGGUGAGACGGCGCUUCUAAAGUGCAGGGCACAAGGUGCUCCAGUAGUGAAAUUUAAGUGGAAGCGUUUUGGGAAAGAUCUGAAUACGACCAUUGAUCGUUACACAAUGGAAGUUGGCUUAUUAAGGUUGUCGGAUUCGUAUGAGUCUCGUUUGGUGAUCAACUACGUGGAUGAGGUAGAGGAUUUUGGUACUUACACCUGCAUUGCAUAUAAUGAUAUUGGUGAAUCAACCUUCAACAUUGUUGUUGAGAAGAAAAGUGUUCCUGAUGCUCCCACUGGCCUUAAGGUUUUGUCUGUCACACAUGAUUCUGUUAGACUAACAUGGCUUGCAGGUUUUGAUGGUGGAUUGAAUCAAACAUACCAGAUUCGAUUUCGUAGGGGCGAUCUCACCUCAUUUCAACUGAUGGAUGUAGAACCCCUAUAUGCCACCAUUUUUACAGUUACUGGACUAAAUCCACUUUCAAAGUACGAGUUUAGUGUCAGAGGUCGUAAUGAUCUUGGGUCUGGACCAUUCAUUUUGAACUCUAUCGAAGCAACUACUAGUUCCAAGCCUUCUCAACCACCGGGUUUCCAAAAGAUAGGUGCUGCUGGUGUGUCACUAUGGAUCGUGCUUUUAGUUGCAUUUUUUGGAUUCCUGUUCUGUUGUUUUGUGAAUGGCUUCUUGUGCUGUUGUCUUAUCAAAAGGAGGAAGGGGCAUAAAUUAGGGAAAUCUUCUCCAGAACCAAUCAGAAAGGAAGAUUUUGAGCUUGCCAAAUCGCAAACUUCUGAGAAUCCGUAUCAAAAUGGAACUAUAUCCAGUUACGAUAGAGACAGCUCCAAAGAGUCUGAUUACGAUCCUUACUAUUACGGAGAUCACCGAUCAUACGAUGACCGACGCCGUGAUCGAGACUUCAGCGAUGGUGCUACAUAUAGCGAAGAGGAUCGGUACAGCGACAAUAGGCAGAUAUCACCAACGCCAACAGACUGUUCAGAAUACAAUGGUGGAUUAUAUAAUACAGGUUACAGGGCACCCCCAGAAAGACCGCCCUCUUACAGUAGCUUUGAUUCCUAUGCAGGUGGACGUGGGGGCCUUACUGGAAGCAUCAUAACUGAAUCCCAGCUUAGUGAAAUUGAAGAACAAGAAGAAAAAGAUUAUGCAGAUUUACUACGAAUGAAACAAAGCCAAGUGCAAAAAACUUUAUCUGGACAGGUUCGCCAGGUCUCAACACCAACACCGCCCCCAAUACAGAUGGGAAACUUUGUUCCGCUAACCAAAGCCCAACAGCCAAGUCAAUCAAUACAACGAGAUGCAAUCAGUGAAGAAGGUUUUCUGGUCUGAAAUCAGCUUGAACAAAUUAAUGUUACUGGCCUUCAUUAGACACCAUCUGCAAGUCAUGUGUCCUAUAGUUGGGUCGAUAUUAUAAACAGACACAAGCAAGGCUCAGUGAAAAAUGCAUCGUUCCUGAAUAUUUUUUCAUUAAGGCACGUUGUUAUUGUCAAAUGUGUUAGUUGGAACACUGGUAAACUGGUCUAAAUCACUUGAAAAUUGAACUUGAACAUUGUCAUAAUGGUUUGUUAAUGCUCCAAAUGAUAAAUGUUGACAAAUAACUUUCAAAAAUAGCUAGGCCUAUGAUUUUAAUGGCUAUAGCUUUAGGAUCGUAAAGGAUUAUAUAAAUUCCAGAGCUUAGAAUGCAUAGAAAAUGCUGUACUGAGUAUAAGAACACAAUCAUGAACAAUCAUGCUGCCUUUUCUUGCCAUUUGUUUCCCACAUCAUUGGGAUGUUGUUUUAACCAUAAAAAUUCCUCUUAUACUUUUACGGCCAACUCAGCGAUAUAGUUUAUUGGGCUGUGUCAUAUGAUUCUGUCUGGGUUGGCCUUUACGCUGAUCAAAGUAUGUUACACCAACUAAAGAUCACAUGACCACUAGUUCAUUGUUUUAUCUCAGUGUGUAAAUGUUUUGCAAGAUUCAACAUUCCAUAAAAUUAGUUAUUAUUGUAUUCAAGAGAUGGCCAUACAGAGUAUGAAUGUAUUAUGUUCUGAGUUUCAAUUAGAGCUCAUAGCUCUACUAAGUUUGUACUGAAUCUAUUAACCAGCAGAUAUCAGUUGACACUCGGUGGGCCUAAUAGAAUCUGCUAAAUAAAACUGGAUUGAAUCGUUAACCUUAAGUGACUUAUGGAAAAUUGUGGUCGUGUGUGAAUAUUGUAAACUAGAAAGCAUUCACCAAAUAAUUUCUAGUAAGUGUUUUAAUUGUGGACAAUUGUGGAAAAGAGUAACAAGUGUCCUUUGGACCAAGAGGCUAAGAGAUUUUUUUUAAACAUGGUGCAUAUUUUUAGCUUUUAUGGGAAAAUCAAUGGCAGUUUGAUGGACAUAAAAAUGGUUAGUGCACGCAUACGGUGACUGACAACUGUACAGCUUCAUACAUUGUGUCAAAUGCCAUUUCAUAUAUUGAUGAGACUUUCUAUAAAAUGUAGUUGUAAAAGGUGCAAAUGACACAUUUGAUAUUAUAGGUGUUUUUGUUUUUUGCUUGAGCCAAAAUAUGUCGGGUAGAAAUACAAUAAAAUUACAAAAUGGGGGUAAAUAUUGAAAUUAAUUGAAAUAUGGCUCAGGGUUGCACACAUUUUUUAGAUCAUAUUUUAAACUAAUGAAGUUGUUCUAAUAAAAUUUCUAUAUAUGUAAGUUUAAAUAAGCUUAUAGCAUUUCUUCAUGACAUGUACACAAAUACCAAGGAAAUUUUUAUAAUUUUAUUUCAACACGUGUCGAAUAUGAUGUAUUUAUAAUGGUACAAAAUGAAAUUAUGCAACUCAUAUUUUGUAUAUUUCAAUAUCUUUAAAACUUGAACGUAAACAAAAAUUUAAAUUUGCAUUCCCUUACUAAGAGAUUAUUGUUGCCUAGGAAACAUAGUUGUCUUAGUUACCAUAUUUAGUUUCUUGAUGUUGCAAUAACCAAUAUUCUCCAUUAUAUAGUCAAUUAGGAUUUAAAAGUUUUAUGAAAUUUCUGAGUACUGUAUUGUCAGUAUCUGAGAAAAACCAAAUUGCUGGGUACACGCUGCGGCGAUGAAACCACCGCAAUGAGGGCACGCGUAAUGGAUCUUUUAUAAUGGCAAUCCAUUCAGAGUGCUACCUACAACUGACGGCUUUGUGUCAUCAAGCAUUCACUGAGAGUGGAGUGUAUACAUCAGCCAACAAUUGUACAACUGUCAUGUGACAUACCGUACAACUGUCAUGCAACACUGUGCUUGCCCAACUUUAGUUAAUGGUGUAUUUAGAGGGACUACGCCCAAAUCCUACAAUUGA